AUGAAGCUUAGUAGUGCUUUGAUAUUUUGUGCAGCUGCUUGCCAAGUAGUUAUUUGCAACAAUCUAUUUGAAAAUUGGUCUAGUCAAGACAUUAUUCAAUAUUUGAAGGACACUGGUGACUCUGCUAAAAAGGAUGCAGACACUUCACUUGAAGAAUUGAAGGCUUACGCUAGUCAGAAAUGGUCUGAGCAUGCGCAACCAAAACCGUGGUGGAAAGUCUGGCCGGAUGAAAGGGAUCAAGAUAACUGGUGGAACUUCCAAUCAGAACCAAGCACAACUGAGUCUAUUUCCAAUUGGUUAUUUGACACUUGGUCUGCGAAGGAUUUGAGGAAAACCUUGAGGAACGCUGGUGUCAAGUUCGACACCGAUACUUCUUAUGACAAUUUGAAGUCAUUGGCCAAGGAGAAUUUCGAUAAAAUCAAUAAAAAGCUGGGUAGUUCCGGUUACUAUUCGACUGAAUCCUACUUCAAUCAAUGGGAUGAUUAUGACUUGAAAGCCUGGUUAGAUAAGCACGGUGUCACUUAUGACAAGGCUAAGGCUAACAAGGAAGAAUUGUUGUCCCUUGUUAGAAAAAACAUUUACAAGGCCUCUCAAGUUUACUCUGAGGAGAGAUUGAGUGCAUUGGAAUCGUUAGAUUUGGCCAAGAAACAACUAUAUGAUAAGUCCAACAAAUUAAAGAGCGACCUAUUUGAUUCUUGGUCUUCGGAUGACAUUUACGACUGGUUGCAAUCUCAUAGCAUCCAAGUGAAAGAAAAUGCUAAAGAAAAUCGUGAUCAACUACUAGACGUUGCCAACAAGAACAUAAAUUUGUUAGAAGAUGAUAUCAAAUGGUACACCGAAGCUUCUAAAUCAAAGGCUUCUGCUCUAUUGACAAAAAGCACCGACUCAGUGAAUUCGGUUUGGGAAGCUUUCAAGGGUAAGUUAUCUGGUGCUUACCACGACGACAACGUCAUCAAUGACACAUUUUUGCUAGGUGUUCAAUCAUGGCCAAAGAAGAGACUCCAGAACUUCCUUGACGCUCGUGGUGUAAAAUACCAUUUAUUGUCUACUAAAGCUGAACUCUUGAAACUAGUAUAUGAGAACCGCAACAAGCCAUUGAAGUCAUGGGAAAACGCUUACGAUGAAGCCAAGCACUGGUGGAACAAGCAAAACAUCGUUGGUAAGGCCAAGAGUACUGGUUCAGACAUUCUGAAUAAAGUUUCUGACUACGAAAGCACCGCUGUUGACAGUUUCCAACGCUCCUUUGACUCGAUGUCUAACAGCGACCUAAUCGAAUAUUUGAAGAGUUACUCUGUUAAACCAUCCGAUUUGAAUUCAUUGAGUAAAGAACAAUUAGUUGAAAGGGCAAAGGAAAAUACCCAAUGGUUCUUCGGUGUUCCACAGAAGCCUUGGUAUUCAAGAGCUGCUGACAACACGUUAAACUUUGCCAAACGUGCUUAUGCAGUUAUUAGACCAUAG